AUGCUUUCCGAAAUUGAUGAAUAUUUGUCUUCUACUUCAGUGGCUGGACCAAAAUUAAGUGACAUUGACAAACAAAUUGAAACAUUAUUUGAUUGUAAAUUAAUUCCGGAAUCUGAUGUUAAAGUGUUAUGUGCAAAAGCAAAAGAAAUUUUAAUUCAAGAAUCUAAUGUGCAAUGUGUAGAUGCUCCUGUAACUAUUUGUGGAGACAUUCAUGGUCAAUUUUAUGAUCUAAAAGAAUUGUUUCGUGUUGGUGGACGGGUUCCAGAAACUAAUUAUCUUUUUCUAGGAGAUUUUGUUGAUCGGGGUUUUUAUUCUGUAGAAACAUUUCUUCUUCUAUUAGCUUUAAAAGUAAGAUAUCCAGAUCGCAUAAUACUCAUAAGAGGUAAUCAUGAAUCUCGCCAAAUUACUCAGGUUUAUGGAUUUUAUGAUGAAUGUAUAAGAAAAUAUGGCAGUGCUUCAGUUUGGAAAAUGUGCACAGAGGUAUUUGAUUGCCUUGCAUUAGCUGCUAUUGUUAGCAAUAAAGUUUUCUGUGUUCAUGGAGGUUUAUCACCUGCCAUUUCUCAUAUUGAUGCCAUAAGACCAAUAGACAGAAGACAAGAAGUUCCUCAUGAUGGACCAAUGUGUGAUUUAUUGUGGAGUGAUCCUGAGGAAGGAAAUGGAUUUCAAAUAUCACCAAGAGGUGCUGGAUAUCUUUUUGGAAAUGACGUUACAGAGAAAUUCUGCCAUGAAAAUCAAAUUGAACUUAUAUGCCGUGCCCAUCAAUUGGUGAUGGAAGGUUAUAAAUAUCAUUUUAAAGAAACUGUUUGUACCGUUUGGUCAGCUCCAAAUUAUUGUUAUCGUUGUGGUAAUGUUGCAGCUAUCAUGGAAUUAUCUGAAAAUUUGGAUAGGGAUUUUACCGUAUUUGAGGCUGCUCCUCAAGAAAACAGAGGUGCUCCUGCAAAAAAACCUACACCAGAUUAUUUCUUGUAA